AUGGACAUCACAGCUUGUCACUUUGCCAAACUGGGAGGACAGAAGGUGUUCGCCAGCCUCCCCCAGGUGGAGAGGGGCGUCUCCAAAAUCAUCGGCGGCGACCCCAAGGGCAAUAAUUUCCUUUACACUAAUGGAAAAUGCGUCAUCCUAAGGAACAUCGAUAACCCAGCCCUUGCUGACAUCUACACGGAGCAUGCCCAUCAAGUGGUGGUGGCCAAGUACGCGCCCAGCGGAUUCUACAUUGCCUCUGGAGAUGUGUCUGGGAAGUUGCGGAUCUGGGACACCACGCAGAAAGAGCACCUCUUGAAGUAUGAGUAUCAGCCUUUCGCUGGGAAGAUCAAGGACAUUGCUUGGACGGAAGACAGUAAGAGGAUCGCAGUGGUCGGUGAAGGAAGGGAGAAGUUUGGAGCUGUCUUCCUGUGGGACAGUGGCUCUUCUGUGGGCGAGAUCACGGGACACAACAAAGUCAUCAACAGCGUGGACAUCAAGCAGAGCAGGCCCUACCGGUUGGUGACCGGCAGCGAUGAUAACUGCGCCGCGUUCUUUGAGGGGCCACCAUUCAAGUUCAAGUUUACAAUUGGCGACCACAGUCGCUUUGUCAACUGCGUGCGAUUCUCUCCUGAUGGGAACAGAUUUGCUACGGCCAGCGCUGACGGCCAGAUCUACAUCUAUGAUGGAAAGACGGGCGAGAAGGUGUGCGCCCUAGGAGGGAGCAAGGCCCACGACGGAGGCAUCUACGCUAUCAGUUGGAGUCCUGAUAGCACCCAUUUGCUUUCUGCUUCUGGAGACAAAACCUCUAAAAUUUGGGAUGUCAACGUGAACUCUGUUGUCAACACAUUUACCAUGGGUUCCAACGUUCUGGACCAGCAGCUGGGCUGCUUGUGGCAGAAGGACCACCUUCUCAGCAUCUCCCUGUCCGGGUACAUCAAUUACCUGGACAAGAACAACCCCAGCAAACCCCUGCGGGUCAUCAAGGGUCACAGCAAAUCCAUCCAGUGCCUGACAGUGCAUAAAAACGGUGGCAAGUCCUACAUCUACUCUGGGAGCCACGACGGACACAUUAAUUACUGGGAUUCCGAGACCGGGGAAAACGACUCCUUCACUGGGAAGGGCCACACAAACCAAGUGUCUAGGAUGACCGUGGACGAGUCUGGGCAGCUGGUGAGCUGCAGCAUGGAUGACACAGUACGGUACACCAACCUCACGCUGCGGGACUACAGCGGGCAGGGGGUCGUGAAACUGGACGUCCAACCAAAGUGCGUAGCUGUCGGCCCCGGAGGAUACACAGUGGUUGUGUGCAUCGGGCAGAUCGUCCUGCUGAAGGAUCAGAGGAAGUGCUUCAGCAUCGACAACCCCGGCUACGAGCCCGAGGUGGUGGCCGUGCACCCCAGUGGGGACAUGGUGGCUGUCGGGGCCACGGAUGGGAAUGUCCGCCUGUACUCCAUCCUGGGCACCACACUGAAGGCCGAGGACAAGCUCCUGGAGGCCAAGGGCCCCGUGACGGAUGUGGCGUACUCCCAUGACGGCGCCUUCCUCGCAGUAUGUGACGCCAGCAAGGUGGUCACAGUCUUCAGCGUUGUCGAUGGCUACGCGGAACACAAUGUAUUUUAUGGGCACCACGCAAAGAUCGUCUGCCUGGCCUGGUCCCCCGACAACGAGCACUUUGCCUCCGGUGGCAUGGACAUGAUGGUGUACGUCUGGACCCUGAGUGACCCUGAGACCAGAGUCAAGAUCCAAGACGCUCACCGGCUCCACCAUGUGAGCAGCCUGGCCUGGCUGGACGAGCACACGCUGGUCACCACCUCCCACGACGCCUCUGUCAAAGAGUGGACAAUCAGCUACUGAGGACCCGCCUCCGGACGGACCGAAUCAGGGACUAGAGUCGAACUGCAGCAGAACACGGCAUUUCUGUUUCUGUACCGCCCCCUCGCCCCGCCCCCUCCGCUCGGAGGGAGGGGCCCCACUCCCAGUGGCCCUCGUCUCCGCAGGGGUUCAUAUCUAUCCACGUCCUUCUGAAAGCUUUAGACAGUGACAGUUUGCACAUGAGAAAUAAAGUGAGCACUUAAACAGUGUGUGGAGCGUAACUCAGACCCACCCAGCGCAGCCCGAGUGGGAACAUUCCAGAGGCAGAGCCUCAAAAGCACACAGACCCGCUCCCGAGGCUCCUGCCUUGUCCAGGGAGGUUGUGUCCCGAUCCCACCUGCAGGCAGAGGCUGCCCUGGGAGAGGCCAGCACGCCUGCGGUUGGCAAGGCCGGCGUUGAGUUCCGUGUGGCUGGAUGUCACAUCCCAAGCGUGAGCCGUGCUAUGUGGUCGCCUCCAGAAAGCCUCGAAUCAGAUGGGCACAUGGGACCUUGUACUUCACUGUCGGUUUUUGUGCUUGAUUUUAAAAAUGGAACCAUGAGGGGAUUUCCAAGUUUUUUUAGGUUUUUCUUUUUUUAAUGUGUCUUAACUGUUGCCUGUCAUUGUUUACAAGCUUGUGGGUCGAGGGCGCUGUCUCCAGGAUUUUAGGGCCCUGUGAGCCAGACCGAGGUGUCCUGGUCACUGUGGCACUGUCAUCCUUCAGUGUCUUCCUGUCUUUCUUCCCCUACUGCCCCCAAAGCAAAGAUUAAUUUAAAGGUUAAGGUGAAGUCACUGUAACCUGUCCUCGUUCUCGCCUUUUCAGUGCAGAUUAAAAGGAAGUAUUCGCACGGUG